GGUAGCCUUAACAGCAGCUGCUAUGUUGCAUACAACAAAUGCUUCCAUACUGUCUACAAGCAACACGGCACAGCAGACUAUACCAACAAUCGCAGCAACUAUAGCAUCUGCCAAUGCAACAGCAAUUCCACAAUCAUUUGACACAUUAACAGCAACAACAGCAGCUGCACUCUCUGCAUAUCCUUUGACUGUGCUGGAUGCGAGUGUUGCACAAACUGACUGGAAUCUUACAGUGUUGGGUGCAGCCGCAUCUACCAUCAAUGACACCUACGAUAAUGCACACAUCAAUGGUGAGAACAGCGAUUGGUUGGAUACGUUGAUACUAUCCUUUAAAGCGGCGAUUAUGCUGUUCAUUAUAAUUGCCGCCAUUUUUGGAAAUAUGCUUGUAAUUAUUUCUGUGAUGCGAGUUAGAAAACUAAGAAUCAUAACCAACUAUUUCGUAGUCUCGCUAGCCAUGGCUGAUAUUAUGGUCGCUAUUAUGGCCAUGACAUUUAACUUUAGUGUGCAAGUAACUGGGCGUUGGCUAUUUAGUCCUUUCUUGUGUGAUUUAUGGAACAGUUUGGAUGUUUACUUCUCAACAGCGAGCAUAUUGCACUUGUGCUGCAUAUCAGUGGAUAGAUACUAUGCCAUUGUAAAGCCGCUCAAGUAUCCGAUUAGCAUGACAAAGCGCGUCGUUGGUAUCAUGAUACUAAACACAUGGAUAUCACCAGCACUGCUGUCCUUUCUGCCCAUAUUUAUUGGUUGGUAUACGACCGAGGAUCACAAGCGAUUCGUCGAGGCGCAUAAAGACCGCUGCGAGUUCAUUGUGAAUAAGCCAUACUGCAUCGUUUCCAGUUCGAUUUCGUUCUGGAUACCUUGCACCAUUAUGAUAUUCACGUACUUGGCCAUAUUCCAUGAAGCGAAUCGACAAGAGAAACAACUGAUGAUGCGUCAAGGCAACGCUAUGCUGAUGCAUAGGCAAUCAGUGGGUGUGAGCGCAGGCGGCGAAGCGUUAAGCGGUUCCGGUUCAUCAAAAACUUUAACUUUGCAUGAAGUCGAGCAGGAUCAUACGCCCACUAAGGAUAAACAUUUAAUCAAAAUGAAACGAGAACACAAGGCUGCAAGAACUUUAGGUAUAAUAAUGGGCACUUUUAUAGUUUGUUGGCUGCCAUUCUUUCUGUGGUACACAAUUACAACUUUAUGCGAUGAAUGCAGAGUUCCAGAUAUUGUUGUUGCAAUAUUAUUUUGGAUUGGGUAUUUUAAUUCAACACUAAAUCCACUCAUCUACGCAUAUUUCAACCGUGAUUUCCGGGAAGCAUUUCGCAAUACUUUGCAAUGCAUUUUCUGCACUUGGUGGCGGGAUCGUCACCUACCUCUCGAUAUCGAUAUCCGACGCUCCAGUUUGCGUUAUGACACACGUGCUAAAAGUGUUUAUUCGGAAAGUUACCUCAAUGCAAAUCAUCCGAACCAGCGGCGUACCAGUCAGCUUGUCGAGAGUUUAUAAUCCAGGGAGGAUGUGCUGCUGGCACCAGCGCCCGCAACAAAGCACAUGCAAAUUCGCACUGCACCCACAACGCCAACGCACCGACUAACAGCGCCCGACAAUGCCACACUUACGGACGGAAUGAACGAUAGCUGCUCAGAUGGCGUGGAACAGAUACAAAUUGAAAUACCUCUGGAAUAUGUUAAUAAAUGGCACAAGAACAAUAGCAACAAUAGCAGCAUCAACAGUAAUAAACGCAACACAACACUCGUUUAAUCGAUAAAACACUGCAGGACAAAAACAAAACAGAAAACCCAACACGAUUUGUUAUUGUAAAUUUUAAGUCGUGUAAACCAAG